AUGCUGCUCUCGACGCUGGUGACGUGCCUCGCCGGGUGCGCGUUCCUCCUGUCACCGGUCAGCGAGGGGUGCGGACCGGGCAGAGGCAAUGGCAAGAGGCGGCCGCCGCGGAAGCUGGUCCCUCUCGCCUACAAGCAGUUCACCCCCAACGUGGGCGAGAAGACGCUGGGAGCCAGCGGGAGAUACGAAGGGAAAAUUACCCGGAACUCCGAGCGCUUCAAGGAGCUCACCCCCAACUACAACCCCGACAUCAUCUUCAAGGAUGAGGAGAACACAGGUGCAGACCGCCUGAUGACGCAGCGCUGCAAAGACAGGCUGAACUCUCUGGCCAUCUCGGUGAUGAACCUCUGGCCCGGGGUCCGGCUACGGGUCACCGAGGGCUGGGAUGAGGACGGCCACCACUCGGAGGAGUCGCUGCACUACGAGGGCCGGGCGGUGGACAUCACCACGUCGGACCGGGACAGGAACAAGUACGCCAUGCUGGCACGGCUGGCAGUGGAGGCUGGAUUCGACUGGGUCUACUACGAGUCCAAAUAUCACAUCCACUGCAGUGUCAAGUCAGACCACUCAGUGGCGGCUAAGUCUGGAGGUUGUUUCCCUGGUGAGGCCUUGGUCAAACUGGAAAGUGGAAGUCAGAAGCUCGUCAGCGAUCUGCGACCCGGUGAGCGAGUCCUCGUCUCGUCAGGCAGUGACGGUAGCGGUGAGCUUGUGUUCAGUGAGGUCCUGACUUUCCUCGAUCGGGACCCCAAGACCCGGAAACUCUUUUACACCCUGCAGACUGAAGCUGGGGCUCAGCUCUCACUCACUGCCGCCCACCUGAUAUUUGUGUCUAAAGAGAACUGCUCAGAAGGGGCGGUGCCAGCCCGCAAUGCCCUCAGGACUGUGUACGCCAGCGAUGCCCAGCCGGGACAGUGUGUGCUGGUGUCAGAGGGUAAAGCGGGACAGAAGCACAGGGAGGGGCGUCUGUCUCGGAUCAGCCGGGUGACAGUAAAGGAGAUGAAAGGGGUGUUUGCGCCGCUGACCCAGCAGGGGACGGUGGUGGUGGACGGGGUGGUGGCGUCCUGCUACGCAGUGGUGGACCAGCACUCCCUUGCUCACUGGGCCUUUGCCCCACUCAGGCUGAUCCACAGCUGGACUCGGACCACUGGGGGCCACAGUGACGGGAUCCACUGGUACUCGCAGCUUUUACACUGGCUGGGGAGGAAGUUGUUGGACUCAGGAUGCCUCCACCCGCUGGGAGUGGCUCAGGACAACAGGUGAGGAAGCUGAACUGCAAAGUAAGAGCCAGAUAAGACUCUAAUGAACUUCCUGCAGCGAUGGGAGACAUUUGGCUUCCUGCUGAGGCCUGAUGGGAAGAAUAAAAAAACUCGA